CUGUCUCUCUUCCUCAAAAACAAGUCAUAAACUUGUCAUUAUCAGCUCCGAUCCAUUUUCCUUUUUGUGGCUAAAUGGGUUGCAAGUCCUCAGACAAGCCAAAGCAAAAGCCAAAGCACAGGAAGGGCUUGUGGUCACCUGAUGAAGAUCAAAGGCUCAGAAACUACGUCCUCAAACAUGGCCAUGGCUGUUGGAGCUCCGUCCCCAUUAACGCUGGCCUGCAGAGGAACGGGAAGAGCUGCAGAUUGAGGUGGAUUAAUUACUUGAGACCAGGACUCAAACGAGGCUUGUUUUCUUCACAAGAAGAGGAGACAAUCCUCACCCUCCAUCGCUUGUUAGGCAACAAGUGGUCUCAAAUAGCACAGCAUUUGCCUGGAAGAACAGAUAAUGAGAUAAAGAAUUACUGGCAUUCCCAUUUGAAGAAAAAGGUGCUCAAAGGUGAUCAAGGAACAAAGGAAGCCAAUGUAUACAACACAACCUCAGAUAAUUUGGAUAAUAAUUCACCCAAGAAAAUCACAAUGAUGCAAACUCCAGACUUUGAAUCAUUAUUAAUGAACAUGGAAAACUCAUCAACCGAUGCAGAUCAGUCGGUUCCACGGAUGUCUGAAUCUCCUAAACAACCCAACAGAAGCUCCUUGCCUAAGCUUAUGUUUGCCGAGUGGCUUUCGCUCGACAGCUUUUCAAGUUUAAGCUGUGAGGGAAUAAUGAGUUCCAAGGAUCAAAAUGUCAGUUCCAGCUUCCAGGAUAAUUUCAUGCAAGGUUGUUUCUUGAACGAGGGAACAUUUGGCAAUGGUGAGUAUCGUAAUUUGCUAAGCUAUGCGUCCCCAGACGACAUGUUUAGUUCACAGCUUAAAUUUGAAUGCCAGAGUUCAGGAAAUGAACAGUUUGUUGAUUUUAGCUGUGGAGAGGAUAUUUGUAGUGAGUUCAACAUGAGGAGCGAGUUGAGGUAUAUAUAUGAACACUGAGCAGAGAACGUUAACGUUUCAGAGAAACUUCCAGGAAGAAUGAUCACUAAUUGUACUUGAUAUGAUAAUUAAUUAGUUUGGCUUAGUGUAAUUAGUGGUUAUUGGGAAGCAUUGCUCUUUGAGAAACCAUCAGCCAUUUGUUUCAGAAAUAAACAAUUCAUGCAA